AUGACUUUACAUGCCAACAUUCACCUCCAGGCAUCGAAGAUGCUCACGAGUCACAACACCUUUUUUGCUCCACAAACUGGACUCUUUCAGUGUUUUAUGCUAUGGGACCCUGCAGAGCUUCGAGUCAAUCUCGAUGAAACACAGCCAUCGCUGCCUGCUCAAUUGAAGACCAAGAUUUUUGAGAUUGGCAAGAUUUUCAUCAAGCUUUUCCCAGACCAACUAUCACGCUCGCCUGCUGUCGAGGGAUUUGUGCAGAGUGUAUGGGAGCUCAUCAGGUCGAACAAGCUCCCUGGUGUCACAGAUGACUCUUCGGGUUACUAUAAGUCACUUUUCUCUUCGCGUGAUACCAUUGCCUCUCUCGUACAAGGUGUCAUUAUCCCUAAUAUUGGACUAUGUGACCAUGAGAUGCAGCAAUUUGAAGACGAGCCACUUGAGUUCAUUCAGCUCGACUUGGCUUUUGGAGGCAGGGAUGAUUUGGAAUGCUACAAUAUUCCUGAUGCUCAGCUAGAACAUCACAGAUUUGUCCAUUCCCGGGUUGGCGGAAAAAUGCCCAAGCGACCAUCUCUAAAGUACAUGGAGGCUGUUUUUCGGGAAGCCAUUCAUUGGCAUAUCAUUGCACCACCUGGUAUUCCUCAUGCAACAUCAAGUGACAACAUCUUUGAGGGCUAUUUCAUUCCAAAAGUGUCGGGUGUCACUCCAACUUCCAAUAACAUCAUCCCGUAUACUAUCAAUUUGCCUAAGGCGCAGAUAUCGGCGUCACUCUUAGCUGCAUUAUUGAAAAUGUCAUCUGGAAAGGUGCUGGACCACAUUAGGGGAGUCUCCCUCCCAAAGGUCAUCAAUUCUUCAACGUAUUCGCGCUACUUUAAGACACCGCAUGGAGUGACUAGUUUUAUAUGUGCUGGUGUUGGUUUUGUCGAUGAGCAUUACAAUAUGAUGGGCAAUAAUAGUUUUGUGAACAGCGAAAUGCGCUUCACGCACGAGGCAUCCGAGCUUGGCGCAUACGCCCUUCAUGUGCCUCUGUCACAACGCCUUCUCCCACUACUUGCAAGUCACGACAAAACAUCCUCAGGAUCCAACACUGCCAUCUCGGCCUCAAUCUCGGCGGCCUCUCUGCAGCUCUCCUUCUCUCCGCUUCCAUCUGUUUGGAUGCGCGCAAAGCAUUAUCAGCCCUCUCCUGCUCCCUCAGUUUUCGCGCGCGAUGAGCACUGCCAUAGCACUAACAUUGAGUUAGCAUUUGAUUGA